GUACCAUCUCCCAACUUUUCGGAGCCUUAUUCUUCUGACUUCCCGCUUCUUGAUUAUCUGAGCCCAGCUUCCCAGCCAUCUGCUUCGGACCUUUUCUCCGCCGCAAUCUAACAAAAUGCCCGGCUGGCGCGACGAGUAUCUUUCAUCCCUCAUGGAUGCCGACCAGCGGAAUCCCGUCAACCGAGAGCUUGUGGAUACCUGCCAGCAACUCUUCGACCGCAUAUCCGUACUCGAAGCCGAAAAGGCGGCCCUCCAACAGCAAGUCGAGACCUACCUAUCAUCCUCCUCGUCAAGUAGCGCCGCCGCCAACAAGCCCCGAGACCGAGACACCACCAAGACCGAUGCCGUUGCCUCUGACUCGACAACAACUGCGCCGACCGCCGCCGACUCUGCCCUUCUCGCCCGCCUCCGUGUCGAUCUCGCCGAAGCCCUCCGCGCCAAGGGCGACUUCCAGCGGAGGUUGAAUGUAGUCGAGGAGGAGCUCGUCCGCUUGCGCACGAAGACGACAACCGACAACAAGACAUUACAAACCUUGACGGCCGAGAGGAAGACAUUGACCAUCAAGCUCAGAGACCGGGAGGAGGAGCUGCGCGCCAAGAGCAAGAUGCUGGCCGACGUUCAGGAUGAACUGCAGGUGCUAAAUACCCACUUGGAUCUUGUCGAAAAGCGGCGCUCCGAGAUGGAGGCGGAGAACAAGCAACUUGUAGCCCGCUUCAUGAAGCGGGUCGGGCAAGAGGCGGAGGCCAUGAACAUGGCGAACGAUUCGACGUCGGGUUCCGGUCAUCGGUCAUCUGGUUCCAGGAGAAGAUAAAGGCCGGAAAGCAAGGAAUUUCAGAUUCGCGGAUCCCAGCAGCGAGGGAGAGCAUCACACAGCGCGAUGCACAUAUGAACAACAAGAGGAGGGCAAAGAUGGCUGUUUGAGAGCUUUGAAAAAGGUUCCAUGAUCCUUUUCGAGAACGCUGCCAGCACCCUGAUCAAGGCAAAAGAUACCAGAGGGAGAUAGGCAGAUGGUUUACAAUGCUUUGGUCGGCACAGCGCGGGAGUUUCGGGUUUGGGUAUCUUUGGUAAUGAGCUUCGCAGCCAG